AUGGGGAGAGGUAGGGUUGAGUUGAAGAGAAUAGAGAACAAGAUCAACAGGCAAGUGACCUUCGCUAAACGAAGGAAUGGCCUUUUGAAGAAAGCUUACGAGCUUUCGGUUCUAUGCGAUGCUGAGGUCGCUCUGAUCGUCUUCUCCACUAGAGGAAAGCUCUUCGAGUUUUGCAGUAGCUCAAGUAUGCUCAAAACGCUAGACAGGUACCAAAAGUGCAACUAUGGAGCACCCGAGACAAAUGUAUCCUCAAGAGAAGCUCUGGAAAUAAGCAGUCAGCAGGAGUAUUUAAAACUUAAGGCACGUUAUGAAACACUGCAACGAUCCCAAAGGAAUCUUCUCGGAGAGGAUCUUGGCCCUUUAAACAGCAAGGAGCUUGAGUCACUGGAGAGACAGCUCGAUAUUUCACUGAAGCAGAUCCGAUCAACGAGGACCCAAUACAUGCUGGACCAGCUCACAGAUCUUCAAAGAAAGGAACAUGCACUAACUGAAGCAAACACGGCUCUGAGACAAAGGCUAAUGGAAGGAAACCAAGUAUGUUCGCUUCAGUGGAAUCCUAGUGCACAAGAUGUAGAGUAUGGCCAACAACCAGCUCAAACCCAGGGUGAUGGCUUCUAUCAUCCAUUGGAGUGUGAACCCACAUUACAAAUUGGGUAA